UGAGAGGAUGGAGAGAGAGAGGGAAAGAGAGAGGGAGAGAGAGAUGCAGGCAGCAGCAGCAGCAGCUUUAGACGUUUGUGGGAACAUAGUGGGGAGAGGGGCACCGGACAAGAGACAAGAAGUCAUGAUAAACCAGCACCAACACAGGGAGAUGGCUUCUGCUCGCAACGAUGGCGACAGCAACCAAGCAAGCGGACACAACCCACCCAAGAUCAUGCCCGUGUCCGGAAAGCUAGAGCAGGCAAUGCAGAGCAACUCGGGCCUGGUGCGUCCUUCUGCCUUCAAACCCGUGGUCCCCAAAAGCUUCCACUCGAUGCAGAACCUGGUGGGACAGGCCGGAGGAGCGGGGGGAGAGGGGAAGUGUGAGGCCAGAGGGGAGGGUUACAGCGAGGGCCGGAGCAGGAGAGCCAGAGACGCAGAGGCCGGGGAGGUCCCAGAAGCGCUGCUGCUGGACCAGGACAGUCCAGUGAGGGUGGCGCGAGGAGAGGGGGCGGGCAACAACAAUGAGGUGGUCCAAGGAAUGUCCGACUCUGGGAGGAACUCUCUGACCAGCCUGCCCACCUACGCCGGGUCAGGGUCAGGACAUGGACCCCCCGCUGUUUUGGGACCCCUGAGUGCGUCCACCAGCCACAUCAACAGACUGGGCAUGGUGGGGGCAGCGGCCGGCCUCGAUAAGCUGGACAAGCCUGGGUAUCAGAACGGCCUCAGUGCGUCGGACAGCGGGCGCUCCUCUUCAGGUAAAAGCUCGUCGUCCUAUCAGAGGCUGAGUCACCUGAGUGAUGCUCCCGCCCCUCUACGCCCGUCCCCGUCCUCCGAUGACAUCAUCCAAGACCUGGAGGACCGUCUGUGGGAGAAGGAGCAAGAGGUGCAGCACAUGCGUCGUAAUCUGGACCAGAGCGAAGCGGCCAUUAUCCAGGUGUUUGAGGAAAAGCAGCGCGUUUGGGAGCGACAGAUGGACGAGCUCAGACAAAACUACGCCUCUCGUCUGCAGCAGGUGACAAGGCGUGCCCAGCGCUCCCAGACCGCUCUACAGGCUCAGAUCGGCAGACUGUCCCAGGACAAGCGGCGUCUACAGGAGGAGAUGGCUGCUUUGCUUGCCCAGAGAGAGGAGCUGGAGAGAAAGUGUCUGGACUAUAGAAAAGAACAAGCUGACAUCCUGCCCCGGCUGGAGGAGACCAAGUGGGAGGUGUGUCAGAAGGCAGGUGAGAUCUCCCUGUUGAAGCAGCAGCUCAGAGAGAGUCAGGCAGAGGUGACCCAGAGGGCAGGGGAGAUGGUGGCUCUGAGGGGCCAGCUGAAGGAGCUCAAUGCCCAGCUGAGAGAGAGGGAGGAGGCCAUGCUGGGCCUCAAAGACUCCUACAGCACCAAGAGCCUGGAGCUGGAGAAGUGUGAGAAUGAACUGCGCAGGACUCUCUCUGAGGUGUCAGUCCUCCGGGAGAAGCUGGGCGUGUUUGAAGCAGAGGUGCUGAGCUUGAAGCGAGCUCUGAGCGAAGUGAGCCGCGGCGCUGAGGUGGUCGUGAGCCCAAACUUAGCUGCUGCAGGACUGUUACCUCCCUGGGGAAUGGUCCACUGCCCCCGGAACCCAAACGAGCCCCCCAACAACGCCCUGACGCCCCCUUCCGACACGCUCCUCAGCCUCCAGAGUGACGAAGCUAAGGCCCAGCGUCAGGAGGCUCAGAGACAGGAACGGCAGCAACGUGAAGAAGCACAAUGGAGACAAGACCCCCACAUCCCCCCGGACAUGCAGGGCCGAUCCGAGACUCAACUACGUCAGGACGCCCCCUUCAGGCACGAAGCGCAACUGCGUCAGGAGGCCCAGCUCCGCCACGAGGCCCAGCUCCGUCACGAGGCCCAGAUAAGCCAAGAGGUGCAGCUCAGACAAGAUGCUCACCAGCCCCACCGUGAGGCCAACUGGGAUGAAGCAGGGGAGUUGCGGAGACAGCUGGAGCAACUACAGUCCGCGCUACGCUUAGAGAGACAACAGCGAGAACGCCAAGCUCUCAACUUUGAUCAGGAGAGACACACCUGGCAGGAUGAGAAAGAGAGGGUUUUGAAAUAUCAGGCGCAGCUUCAGUUAAGUUACGUGGAGACGCUGCAGAAGAACCAAGCAUUGGAGAAACGCAUGACCCAACUGGGAAGCAAAUCUACAACAGCUCCCACGACAACAACCACGACCACGACGACUGCUACUACGGCGACAUCCCCGACCUCCUCGAAUUCGCCUCCUCCGUCUCUCACCGUGUCUCCCAUGUCCCCUCAGCUGCCCCCGUCUUUGCCCGGUCCCAUCUCUCUUACCCUGUCCCCGCCCUGUGAAGAUCAGAAAGCCCCACCCUCCCUCCACCACCUUGCACCUCCCUGGGCAGGACCAUCCCGUCUGGAGAGGAUAGAGUCCACUGAAAUCUAAAAAAGACAUUCUCCGACCCAGUUCAAAACACAGAUUACAAAGACACAAGAUCUUUUCAGCCUGAUAUUACAACAUACACUGCAAAAAGUAACAUCAUGCUGAAUUGAAAUUACAUGAUUUAGGAAAGUUUAUCUUGAUUUAAGUAAAUUCACUUGACAAGUAAAAUUAUCUACAGAUGGAACAAAACUUUUUAGAAACUACAUAUUUCACCUGGGUUUGCAAUCCUUCAGAAAUUUAUUUAAUAAUAUACUUAAUUAACCGGUCGAUGGUGUCUUAGUUUACCAAAGUUUGUAUGAGUAAUUUAUUUUAUUUUAUUUAUAUCAUAAGGAUUUAGUUUAGGAGGACAACAGCAGAAAGGAGAAAGAUUUAGGAGCGAAUCCUUCGUGUGAAUACAGUUUUUUGUUUUCCUUUCUGUUUAAAUUGUUGCUUUCGGAUGAACUCCUGAGCAGGUGUAGUGUUUUGAAUGCAGUUUCUGUCAGAUAUAAGUCUAAAAGUUUAGCGAGUUUUGGCCACACCCCGUUUUUAGUCGACUAAUCGAUUGGCAGGGCAUACCUUUAGUCGACCAAGAAUUUCUUUAGUCAACUACAGCCUUAAUUAACUUAAGAAAAAAAGAUAUGAAAAAACAACUCACUACACUUUAAAUAAAAAACUAAAUCGUGUGUUACUGGAAUUAUAACAUGACACUUCUUCCAUUGGUCCAUAAUUUUAUCACGUCAAAUCUACUCCAAUCAACUAAAAUGUUCUUAAUUAAAGUAAUUUUAACUUACCAAGAUAUUACUUUUUGCAGUGUAUUAGGCUUAGUAUAUAGUAACAUAUUAUGACAAAGUAUUCCUGGACACAUGAGCAGAAAUUGUGAAAUGUACCAUUGAGUAGCUGUUACCAACAAUAGGUUGAGAUUCAAUUUAUCAAGGAUUUUUCAACCUCCGAAGCAGCCUUUUGCUAAAUAAUUGCACAUUCAACUCAAUCAGUGUUUGUGAAAAAUGUGCCACACUGAUAUAUGGGGAAAAGAUAAUAAUAUUAAAUGACAAUGGCUUACAGUUACAUGUGCACUCAAAAUCUUCUCAUUAUUUUUUAGUUAUAAGACUAUUUACAUGACACAUUAACAGCCCCAUAAGAUCUGGUUAUCUUAUACCAUGGUCAGAGAGAAUAUUAAGUAAUUACUGUGCAUUAUUUUUGCAUAACCACACAGGUAGUAUGGGCAACGAUUAAUCACAGGUAAACAAAUGAACUGUUACUACUACUUAAACAGAAAUAAUUAAUGCUUUGAACAUCCACAGAUUUAAAAGUUGACUAUUUUCAGGAGGUGGGACCAUGGUAUAAGUGGAUUAAAAAACUAGGGGCAGUGCGUUACC